GAAGCCGGCUCGGGUUGGAGGCCGCCAUGGCCGCGUCUGCUGCAGCCUUGCGCUGGCUCCACCGGGCGACUUGGCUGCUGCUGCUGGCCGGCCCCGCCGCCACCUCGUCCUCUUGGGCCAACCCGGCUGAGGAGAGCAGCGGCGCGAGGGCCGCGGGCGGCCGCGGGAGGGACGCCGACCCGGGCGGGGCCCAACCUGACGAGCCGCAUCAGCACCACGACUCUUCGUACGGCACCUUCGCCAGCGAGUUUUACGACAUGCGCUUCCUCUCCGACGAGGGAUAUCCUUUCCCUACUGCUCCUCCGGUGGAUCCAUUUGCAAAAAUUAGAGUGGAUGACUGUGGAAAAACGAAAGGAUGCUUUAGGUAUGGUAAACCAGGAUGUAAUGCAGAGACCUGUGAUUACUUUCUCAGUUAUCGCAGAAUAGGAGCUGACAUAGAGUUUGAGUUGAGCGCUGAGACAGAUGGCUGGGUGGCUGUGGGAUUUUCCUCAGAUAAGAAAAUGGGUGGAGAUGAUGUCAUGGCCUGUGUUCAUGAUGACAACGGAAGAGUCAGAAUACAUCAUUUCUACAAUGUUGGUCAGUGGGCAAAAGAGAUCCAGAGGAAUCCUGCCAGAGAUGAAGAAGGUAUUUUUGAAAACAAUCGUGUAACAUGUCGAUUCAAACGUCCAGUGAAGGUUCCCAGAGAUGAAACAAUUGUAGAUCUUCAUCUGAGCUGGUACUAUUUAUUUGCUUGGGGCCCAGCAAUUCAGGGUUCUAUAACUCGGCAUGACAUAGAUUCUCCACCUGUCUCAGAGCGUGUGGUCAGUAUUUACAAGUAUGAAGAUAUUUUUAUGCCAUCAGCUGCCUAUCAGACCUUCUCUUCUCCAUUCUGCUUGCUGCUUAUUGUUGCAUUGACAUUUUAUUUAUUGAUGGGAACCCCAUGAUGACAGCUGCAGUAUGUAUGGCAAAUAGAGACAAUUUGUCAAAGAGCAUUGCUCAGGAUGGAGCCUUUUCUAUUGAAAUUUAUAUUACUGAACACUUAGUUAUUUGCUGACAGCUUGCACUCCGCAGACAACAGAAAUAAGCAAGCUCACUAUUGCCUGAGCCAUAGAUAUGUGCCAAAUAAUUAUUUCAGAAUAAUCAAGGAAAAUUGUUAUUGACUGAACACCUUUAGUAAAUAUUUAGCGUGUUUCAUUGAAGACCGAGGAUACAUUCCCAAACACAUUUAUUUGGCAGUUAAGCUCCAUUGAACAGUGGGACUUACUUUUGGUUAUAUAUGCAUUGCACUUUUUAAAAAGUUAUAGGUGUCGUACUGGAAUAUUAUGAGAAACAUGUACAUUUUCUAACUUGAAAUUGCUUUUCAUUCAAUAAAUCGGGGAUAUUUAUCAUAUUAAUGAGAUUAUUUAGGUAUUAAGUUGGUAUAAUUUAGGUUCCAAAUCAAAGUGGUUGAAUAAAUGAUGUUUUUACCUUUCUAAGUAAAAUUGUGUGCAGGAUUGUACUGUUAAAAGAUACUGUAACAUUAUGAGAAACAUACAAUUUCAUUUUCUAACUUUAAAGACUAGCUUAAGUGUGUGCAGGGUGCCAAAACUAGCCAGCAUUUAAAAUUCUCUGUUGAAAAAUGCUAGAGGAUGCUUUUUGCACACAAUGAAUAAUUGACUUUGCCACCAGAAUAUAUUACUGAGAGAUCAGUAUAAGAAAAUAGUUACGCAUUUGUACCAGCUACUUUAAUAGACAAAACUAGUGCCACUGGAAAGUUUUUGGCACAUAUGAGCUUGUAAAAAUAAUAGCUAAUUUAGCAGUAUGGAGAGCACAUUUUUCUAAUUUUCUGGCGGAAAAAGCAGCACCAUAUCACCAGGUAAGUGACUUGCGAAGAUUGUUGUGUUUGUAUAUAUUUUGACACAAUUUGUUCAGUUGGGUAUCUUUGUACAUGUACAUAAAUAUGAUGCAAGUGAAAGAAGAAACAAUACCAUUUUAUUUUGCAUUUUCACUUUAUUUUCUCCAAGAGUAAGCAAGUAUAGUUUAUGUUGCAAUCAUGGAAUCAAUGGAAAGGAAAUAACAAGGAACCACCUGUUCCUUAAAGUUAUUAAUAAAAUAGUAUCUAUAUAAAAGCGAAGAAGCAAAAGGAACUCUAAUGUGUAUUACUUCAAAAUAGCCAAUACAUAAAAAUGUGAAAAGAGGUCAGUAUUAUGUAAGUUAAAUUUACUGUGUGAGAUAUGAGUGACAAGAUGA